CCAAAUGCCUCAUAUGAAAAUGCCAGAUGUUGGCAUCUCUCUGCCAAAAGGAAAAAUUGGUAAAGUUGACAUAUCUCUUCCUAAAGGAAAACCUUCAAUUGAAGGUCCAGGUAUAGAGAUUAAGAGAGAUGGAGGACAGUUCAAGAUGCCUAAUGUGGACAUAUCUAUUCCUAAAGGAAAAUCAAGUAUUAACACACCAGAGGAGAGAGUGGAGGCAGAGGGUGGAACCAUCAAGCUGCCACAUAUCAAGAUGCCAAAAGUUGAUAUUUCAUUUCCUAAAGGUAAAAGUAAAGACACUGAAGCACUUGCUGUAGAGAUGGAAGUCCCAGGAGGAGAGAUCAAAGGUCCAGAUGUUCAACUUCCAAAGGGAGCUAUAUCAGUGCCAAAAGGCACAUCAAGCAAAGCACAGAUCAACUUACCAACUAUUGAGGCAGGAGGGAAAAUUGGAGUGCCACAAGUCACAUCACCGGAUCUAGACAUCAGCGUGACACCUAGUAAACUUAAACAAGACACAGAGGCUCAUGCAGAUGCAGAUUUGCAUGUUGAAGGAGAGCACAAAGGUCUGAAACUUAAGAUGCCAACAAUAGAUAUUAAGGGUCCAAAAGGAGACUUGGAGCUUGAUAUAGGCCUUCAUAGAGGAGAGGGCAAGAAGGACAGGAAAAAAGUCGAACUACCUGACUUGGAUCUCAGCACAGCAGGAACCAGCAGUAAAGUAAAGGGGCCUAAAGUCAAAGGUACAAAAUUCAAGAUUGGAAUGCCAAAAAAGAAAGCUGGCAAAGAUGCAACAGCAGAAGCAAAAACUUGUAAAAACUGUGGCAGUGUGGAGCUAGGUGGUCAAGUCAAACAUGUAUGCAAAGUUAAAGAAAGAUGUGAGUAUGAAGUUGAAGUUGAAACUCACAAUGAGCAUAAAGAGGACAAAGGUCAUAUUAACAUCUCAGUGCCAGAGGUUACAUUACCAGGUGUUAGUCUGAAAACCAAACAGGAAUCAGUCAACCUAGAAACAGGGGGAGAAGUUAACCUCUCAUCACCCAGUGCAGAAAUCAAAGUCCCCAGGAUCCCAGACAUAGAGUUUGAUAUUGGUACAUCACGAGAUGAAGGUGAUGACAAAACAGAAAAAGGCAAGAAAAUCAAAAUCCCUAAGUUUGGAGUCCCAUUACCCUCCAUUUCCUCUCCGGAGGGAAGACUCUAUGGGGCAGAAAUUCAGUAUGAGGGCCCUAAAAUGCCCAAAGUAAAAAAAGCAGUAUUUGUCUUGGUAGACCCUCCCAAAAUAGAUGAACCUGCUCCAUGCACAGGGGUCCCAGAAGAGGAGCCAACUGCUGAGGCUGUGACAGGAGACGUCAAAGUGAAAUUGCCCAAAAUCAAAAUGAAGCCAAACUAUGGGAAGUCCAAAGAUAAAUCAGCUGCUGUGAGCACAGAGAGAGGGGGGGAGGGAGAGGAGAAGUCAAAGGGAGGGAAGAUGAAAAUGCCCAAAGUGUCAUUUUCUCCUGGCAAAUCAGGGUCCUUUGAUGUCAGUCUCAAGGGUGAAGGUUCAAGUCUCAAUGGUGAAAAAGAUGCAAGUCCUCACAAAGGCUCCAAGGAUGAUAAAGGGACAUUCAGUGGCAAAAUCAAACUUCCAAAGGUGGAGCUGACCAGUCCAUAUGGAACGAUGGCUGCUGGGGAGGAGGACACAGAAAUGAGUGUGAAACUGGGAAAAGGUUCAUCAACAGCAGAUGUGGGGGGAGAUGCUAAAGGGCUUGAAGUAAAAUCAGGCAAUAUAUUUGGAAGUUUCAGUGAGGAGACUUCAAAGGAUGUGGUGUCAUCUCAUGCCAGGACAGAUAUGCUGGACAGGGACAGCUCAGAGUCUCCUGCUGGUUCUACCAUGGAGUUCAGGUCAACAAAGAUCGGGGCUUGGAGUGAGGUGGAGAGCAAAAGCAGAGAGUCUGAAGAAAGAGAGUCUUCCGCCUGGUUUAAGGUCCCUAAGUUCACCCUGAAGCCACACUCCACAGGCUUCCUCCAGAUAACCCCAGAGGGCUCUCCUCAGGCCCAGCGGAAGGGGGAGGUCGGAGGUGAGGUCGACGUCUUGGGAUCUUUCUGCCUUCACACCUCAGGGCCCGUCUUCACCACCCAGGAAAUGUCAGAAGAGCACCAAGUCUCGUCCACCAAGGAGGGAACUGUCACCAUGGUGACCAAGACCUCCAGAACCACCCAGCACACGGUUACCACAGAAACGCGAACAGGUGAAGCUUCGACAAUCACGACAACAACUCAACAGGUGUCAGAUUUAAACUACUGAGGAUGCUGUAAUGAUAUCUUAAAUGUCUUUUCAUUUGUAUGUUUUUCUUUGGUGAGGUUGCAGUGUUCUUGUGAGCUAACUGCAACAUGGCAAACCUCUCUUAAGGAAAAGUCUUUAUUUUAUAUUUUGAUAAGUGAAGUAUGAAUGUGAUGAAAAACAAUGAGAUUUCAUUAACCAGCAAUAUUGUCAUUAUUACAGCAACAGAGUAAUAUAUACUGACCUUUUUUCAUUUUAAAUGUGACUAUUUUUUGUUAUUCUUCGAGUUUUGUUAGUUUAGUCUAAAUUAUUUAUCAGAUUUUGUUUUGGUUUUAAACUGGUUUCACUCUGAAUGUAAACAUGUCAGAUUGCUUCAUUAUUUAUUGUUGUUUGUGUUUUCACAAUGCGCUGGAAUGAGUCAUUUACUCACAUCAGCAUCUUGGAUUUGACCAUGAUUUUAUGAUUAGUUCAAAAUAAUUCAUUUUGAACCACUACAGCACAGGCCAGAGUAAUAUUUAUGUAAAUAUAACUAUAUGAUUGCUUUUUUGAAGCAGUAGCCCUUCAAUCCAAAAUGUAAUUAUUUUCAUAUUCACCAGAGUCAGGAGUAGAAAUUAUAUUUUUUGACCUGAUAACCUAUUUUGUUUGUCUUGAAGGAAAAGUGUGAGCUUUUUGAGAUUAUGGCCUAUUUUCAUUUUCUGCCAUAGUUUUAUAUUUUAAGCAUUUAGCUGGUGCUGUUACCCAGAGAUAGUCACAGUGCGUGAGAAGGACACUCUGGACUCUAUCUGCUGUGGGGAUCAAACCUGUGAACUUCUGGUUACAGGUUGCUCUUGAACAUUUAGGUCAACCUGCUGCUAAUCUAUUUUUAUAUUUAUGUUUUUACUGUACACUGCCAGAAAAAGACACCACUGUAUAUUUUGUGAUUGAAGCUUUGGCUUCAAGAUACACCCCCUGACUGAUGCUGAUGCUGGGAACGAAUUUUGUGAUUUAUGGGUGAUGUUGGGCGCUUUAACAAAAUAAACGAGAGGCAUUUAAAAGGUAAAACUAUAAACCCUUUUUCUCCCAACCCUUUUAAGAUAUCCCUCUAAAAAUCAUUACUUUAAGGCUGCUACAAUGACAGACUGGCUAAGGAGUGCCGAGCCUUGAUCUUGUACAAACACUGUCAUGUAGCAGAAUAUGUCCUCUAAAGACAGAAGAGAGGGGAUCAAGAACAAGAGGACCAAGGCAUGUUUUACUUUUGAUUAAAAUGUCUUUAUUAAUCUGACAUUCUUCUGUUUUUUAUAUGAACAUUUCUCAGGAUGUUACAGAAUAAUUUACAGACGUUAAAAUGAAUGUCAGAUUAAUACCAGUAUUUUUAUUAAGUGCCUUUUCCCCUUAUUAUUCAAAAAGUGUGUCCUCCAUUUAAAAUAUGAAUUGCUUUGAAAUGCAGGAAGAAAAGCCUUGUGCUGUCUUUUAGAUAUUUAUUUUAUAGUUUCAAGUUUCAUUUCCAAAUACUGUCACUACCAUUUGAAAAAAAGAAAAAAAA